GUUUUAUAUACGUUGUAAACGGCAUUGUACUGCGGGCGUAAACAGUUUCCCAAGAUGGCGACCACGUUUGACUCAGAGCUAAGGAAAGCAUUCCAAGAACUUCAAGUCAAAGUGAUUGACACAACACAGAAAGUGAAAAUAGCCGAAGCUCAAAUAGAUCAGCUAAAGAGAGCAAACCAACAUGCAACACUGACUGAUCAAGAGCUCAGCACCCUCCAGGAAGACACUAAAACAUAUGAGUCUAUAGGCAGAAUGUUUGUAUUACAACCUAUAUCAGAUGUUAGGACCACAAUAUCAGCAAGAGUAAAGGCUAAUGAAGAGAAAAUCAAAAACAUUGAGGCCAACAAGGAUUAUUUACAGAAGUCUGUCAAAAGUCAUGAAGAUAGCAUAAGAGAAAUGUUAAUGCAUCGUAAAUAGAACACCAUGCACCCAAUCUUGAUUACUAUCCACGAUGAAUGUGUGCGAUUAUAGGCUGUGUUUAUUGUUUUCUUUUGUAAUUCAAUUUUUGAGUGCUAGCCCAAUACGUGUUGCAUUGUGUUACGGUCACCAAAAAGCUCAAACAUUGUUUACAGAUUUCCAAACAAAUUCUUAAUGAGCGUAACACAAUCCAACAGGUUAUAUACCAUGUGGUGGCUAGCCCUCAAAAGGUGAAUUGCAUAUCUUGAUCUGAUGUAUAAAGAAAUAGUUAGUUAGGUCCAAAAUGUUUAUCAGAUUUGCAUCAAAAUGCUAAGAUUUUGAUUCAAUUCAACUAAACAAAAGUUAAUCACAUGUAUUUCCUUCUAUAUGACCCAAUGACCUCAUAGCAUUGGCAGACUGCAUGUCAGUGAUAGAUGUAGAUAAUAUAGACCCAUGCAAUUAUGUUACUGCCUUUGUUACUUUAAAUGUGACCAGUUUUCUUGUGAGUGAUAAAUGGUUGUUACAGUACCGCUCCAUUGUGCUUUGAUUCCUCAACCCCAGCAAUAUACCUUACUCGUGGUGUGACAAUCUUUUCCCAAUUCAGUGUGACAAACCUCUAGUGGAUUCAUUUUCUUUUGUUUUUACUCUUCCAAAAAUUCAUAAGUAUCCCAAAGCAUAGGAAAGGAAUAACAAUGAUAUCCCGACGAGUUUGUGUGCGAGUUUCAAAACAAUAGUUGCUCAUUCCCCUAGAGGUUUGUCACGUUCAAUUGGGAAAACUUUGUCACACAACGAAUAAGGUCUAUAGUGUACACAUAGUCGUGAUGGGUUUGUGUUGAAGGAAUCCCUUCUUGUAUGAUACCAGCAACCAUUCCUUUGUCCUGUAAAAAGUUUCUUAUAGGAUAAUCUUGAUUCAAUAACUCAUAAUUUAUGAACCAUU